AUGGCAGACCGUCGCUCCUCGCGUCGCAUUGCAGCGGCUUCUUCUCAGCCUUCAGCUGCUCCUACCCUUCAAGCCCAAAAUUCGCGGGGUACGAGAUCUAGCGUGAGGAAGGAAGAUAAAGAUGAUAGUGCUGUCUCACAACCUUCCACCCGUUCACACACUAGGACCGCAUCGGUGGAGAAUCUAAAACCUGGUUUGGCCAAAACUUCAUCAAACAUUAGGAGCGUCCCAGCCGGUCGAAGCACCCGUACAUCUGCAGCAACAAAUACUAGAUCGCAACCAUCUCGCACAUCUGGCCGUUCACAACCCACUAGAAAUGCUGCGACAACAUCUACAAAUACAAGGAGUAGACGACGAUUACCGUCUAGUGAUAGCGAGGACGAUGAUUCAAACAUUGAUAUCGCGGACGACGACGACGUUGAAGCUAGUCAAGAAUCUGAGGAAGAGGAAGAAGAGGAAGAAGAGGAGGAGGAGUCUGAGCCUGCUCCUAAACGACCUUCCCGUGGCGCCGGAACAAGACAAAUGCCGGCUAGGAGGGCUGCUAAGGCGGUCUUUUCAGACGAAGAUGCACCUGGAGAGACGGACGAUGGAAUGGAUAUCGAUGAAGAGCCGUCAUUGGUUGUUCCUGGUACAGUUCGUGGGAAAUUAGCAGUAGCUAGUGAAGACGAAGAUGCAGAGGGAGAACCUGAUGAAGACACUAUUGUUGUUCGAGCACCGACUGCGAAGGCAAUUCCGAGAUCUGUACCGAUUCCGAAGAUUGUGGAACCGGAGAGCGACGAAGAGGACGAUGACGAGGAUGACGAUGAAGAGGACGAAGAUGAUGAAGAUGCGGAAGGCGAAGAUGCGGAAGGUGACGAUGACGAGGAAAUGGAUGAUUCAAUGAUGGCUACGCCUGAUAUUAGCCGACCCGAUACACCAAAUCUUAAAGGCUUGACCAGAAGGCAAUUAGGGAAAUUUGAUUCGGUCUAUGCCGCAGAUUUAAUGGAAUUGCCAGAUGACUUUGGAACUACAAAGAAGGCAGCUCCUUUAACCGCUGCUGAGCAGGCUAGCCGCCGUGCUGAGAUGGCGAGAAGAAGGAAGAACCAGAGCGAACAGCGAAGGGAAGAGGAGAAGAUGGAGACAAUCAACAAGCUUCUUAAACGUCAAGCUACGAAGGUUAAUCGUCGCAGCCAAAAGCAAUUGGAAGACGAGAAUGCGGCGGAUGAAGUCGCUGAAGCGGGAACACCAGAGCCUACUGAGUCUCCGAAGAUGAUUAGAUGGGUCAGCAAUAAAAAUGGAAGCUUUGUCGGUGUCCCACAAAAUUGGCUAGACGCUCCAGUUGGUACUGUUUUCAAGAAACAAGAUGUAGCUUGGAGGAGAGGUAUUAAAGUUGGACUCGUAGAGGAGCUUCCUGAUGAGACUAUGACUGGAGUUUAG